UUAUCUGACACGCCCAUACCGGAAGAAGGCUACAAAUAAAACAAUUCAGCCGUAAAAAUCGCUGUACAGUCUUUCUCAGUUGUUGCCAAGGUGUCUGAUUUCAUUCACCCCCUGAAGUGUAAACAUGUCUACUGAAAAGUGUUUCGCCAAAGGAAGUGCUGCACCAGGUCCAGUCCCCGAAGGACAAAUCAGAGUUUACAGCAUGAGAUUCUGCCCCUUCGCCCAGAGGACCAGAUUAGUGCUGAAUGCCAAAGGGAUCAAGCAUGACACCAUCAACAUCAACCUGCAAAACAAACCUGACUGGUACUUUGAGAGGAAUCCCCUUGGUCUCGUCCCAACACUGGAGACACCUGCUGGUGAAAUUAUAUACGAGUCUCCCAUCACCUGUGAAUACCUGGAUGAAGUUUACCCCGAGAACAAGCUGCUUCCCUCCUCUCCUUUUGGGAAAGCUCAACAGAAGAUGAUGCUGGAGCAUUUUUCCAAGGUAACGCCAUACUUCUACAAGAUCCCCAUUGGGAGAAAGAAUGGCGAGGAUGUCUCAAAACUGGAAGCUGAACUGAACGAGAAGUUUGCCAAAUUAAAUGAGGACUUAGUUAAUAAGAAGACCAAGUUCUUUGGUGGCGAUUCCAUCACAAUGAUCGACUACAUGAUGUGGCCUUGGUUUGAGAGGCUGGAGAUCUUUGAACUGAAACACUGCCUUGACAGCACACCUGAGCUGAAGAAAUGGACGGAGCGCAUGUUUGAGGACCCGGCUGUCAAAGCCACCAUGCACAGUGAGGACACCUACAAGGCCUUCUACAAGAGUUACACUGAGGGAAAACCCAACUAUGACUAUGGCCUGUAGAACAUAAGUGCUCCAAACCUUAAACCGUCCAUUUGUUUGGUUUUUGAUCAUGGUUAGGCUGGAAUCUGUCUUUCAAAGUGUGUAAUAGGAAAAUAUACUAUAGUAAAUAUCAUGAUGAGUUAAGAACAAAAAUAUAUUUUAUUGGACAUUUAAGACUUAUUUUGGUAUUGAAGGGGAAAUAUGAACCAUAAUGGGAAUGAGGCAUAUUGAGCUAAAUGUGACUCGAGAUGUUUUCAAUGAUCCAUUCCAAAGUUUGGCACUUUUUCUAAUAAAAAUUGGAGAUGUAAUGA